AUGGUUAGAACACGAGGCCUACGUCGUGUGGUAGGCACAGGUAGAGCCAGAGACCUUAGUCAGGAUGUGGCUGAGGAUGUUCCUCGCUGUCGUAGGCCCACUGCCUCAGCACGUAGGCAACGGGUUACCCAGAUGGCUGAGGAUGUGGCUGAGGAUGUUCCUCAGUUGCCUGAGGAUGUUCCUCAGUUGACUGAGGAUGUCCCUGAUGCGUCUGAUGGUAGCCCAGAGAGGACAGGAGCUACCGAUGCUGCUGAGUCUGAUGGAGUGGCUAGUGAUGGGACAGCUGCUGAUGAUGAGGGGUUCCCCGGUGGGCCACACGAUCCAUCUGUUUUGAUAGGAUUUGCUGAUCAUGUGGCACACAGCAUAUGGCGUGGACAAGAGCGACCCGAUCUCAAGUUGGUCUCCCAUGGUAGGAAAGUAGAUAAAUUUGGGAGACCGGCUGCUGAGAUCGAAGGUAUGAUUGCGGUCACCGGAUUGGAUCCAUUGAUCAGGUGUUCUGUGAUCACCACUGAUCCUGGACUCAUAUUCGCCUUUGUUGAGAGGUGGCAUAGGGAGACGAGCAGCUUCCACCUCCCAGUAGGGGAGGUGACGAUCACUCUAGACGACGUUUCGUCGCUCUUGCACAUCCCGAUUACUGGCGUGUUGUAUUCAUUCGGGCCGCUGGCUACAGCUGAUGCAAUUGCGCUGUUGAUGGAGCUACUUGAGGUCACCCCAGUCGAGGCUACAGCUGAGACACGUCAGGCAGGUGGGCCUCAUGUUCGGUUGUCCUGGCUUCGGGACAUGUACCAGAGUAGGUGCCGGGCCAGGCAGUGGGUUGCUGCAGCUCGAGCGUACCUACUUCACUUGGUUGGUUGCACUCUUUUCGCUAACAAGAGUGCAACCCAUGUCCAUGUUGUGCACCUGCAGGCAUUCAGAGACCUGGCACAGGCAGGGACAUUCUCUUGGGGAGCGGCCGCUUUGUGCUGGAUUUACGAGCACUUUCCAUCAGUCCACAGGUCUAUUGUUGACGAUGGUUAUGCUGAGGCUAGCCCAUGUGCCUGUAGGUGGCUUACGGGUAAGGCCCAGAUAACCGGCAUUAUGGGAUCCCCUUAUAGAGCACGGAUUGAUGCCCUGACAGUCACUGACGUCUGUUGGAUGCCGUAUGCUGAGCAUCGGGGAGUUCGGGGCUAUGAGUUGAUCUCCUUGUACAUGGGGCAAGUCAGAUGGGGUCCGAUCAUCGUCUACCUUCGACCAGAGAGGGUGGUUCGGCAGAUGAUUUCACACCCCUUUGUGACGCCGACGGAGGACACUACUGAGCCCAGACCUGCGCCUUCCCUUCCCACUCAUGAUGAUGACUUCGUGGAGCCACCUGUCGCCCAGGUUCCAGUCACGUCAGAUCCCCCUGCGCAUUCUAUGGUUGAUUGCACAACAUGUGUCAGGAUGGGAAGGAUUGCUGAGCAUUUGGAGCACGUCAUCAACCUCAGGAUGGUGACUACAGGGACUGACUUAUAUGAUAUCAUGGAUCUUUGCCUGAGGAUAGCUAGAGAUGACGACCCAGAUGACAGUCUUAGGCCGCGACAGAGACCCCGCAUAGAUUAG